UAGCUCGCAACACAACACCACCAACAAGAGAGAGAGGGGAAAAAAUACUAGAGAGAGAGAGAGAACGGAGGACAGCGUCGUCAUUUCGGAAGGGACGGAUCUCAUAUCGUGUGUGUGGAGAGAGAGAGAGAGAGAGAGAGAGUGAAUAUUAGAGAGAGAAAGGGAGACGCAGAGAGUGUGUCGUUGGAGAAGAGAGAGAGAAGCAUCUGGAAUCUGUUUGAUUUGUGAUUGGAGCAUUUUGAUUUGUUCGAGAAGGAAGGAAGAAUGGAGAGAAGCACUCCGGUGAGGAAGUCUCACACAUCCACUGCAGAUCUACUCACCUGGUCUGAAAUUCCUCCCUCCUAUUCCCCCUCCACCGCCUCAGCUGCUCGUUCUCACCAGCCAUCGGAUGGGAUCAGUAAGGUGGUGUUCGGAGGUCAGGUUACGGAUGAAGAAGUUGAGAGUUUGAACAAAAGGAAACCUUGUUCAGGGUAUAAAUUAAAGGAGAUGACUGGUAGCUCCAUUUUUGCUGCUGAUGCAGAAAAUGGGGCACUAGAAUCUGAUGUGAACGCUACUCCAAAUAACAAAACUGGGUUACGUAUGUACCAGCAAGCGGUCGCUGGAAUCAGUCACAUCUCAUUUGGUGAAGAAGAAAGUGUUUCUCUCAAGAAGCCAACUGCACUGCAUGAGGUGGCAAAGCAGCGUGAGUUGAGUGGGACGCUAGAAAGUGAAUCGGAGGCCAAGUUGAAGAAGCAACUUUCUGAUGCUAAGUGCAAGGAACUUAGUGGGAAUGACAUCUUUGCUCCGCCUCCUGAAAUUCAACCACGGCUGUUGGCUGCUCGAGCUUUGGCCUUAAGAGAAAGCAUAGAAAUUGGAGAACCUGCACCACGUAACAUACGCACAUCUGUCAAAGUUUCUAAUCCCGCUGGAGGUCAGAGCAGCGACUUGUUUAAUGAGGAGCCCAUAAUCAAGACAGCAAAGAAGAUUCCCAACCAGAAAUUUGCAGAGCUGAAUGGAAAUAACAUUUUCAAAGGAGAUGUUCCACCAACAUCUGCUGAGAGAUCACUGAGUUCAGCUAAGCUGCGAGAAAUGAGCGGCAACAAUAUUUUUGCUGAUGGGAAGGUAGAAUCUCGAGACUACUUUGGCGGGGUUCGUAAGCCUCCUGGUGGCAGCAGCAGCAUUGCCUUGGUGUAACCUGUUAGGUCUCUAACUCAAUUUAUUUGAAAUUAUAACUUGUGUGUCUGGUUUUGUUUUUUAUUUCUAAGGAGACGGUUCUCCUAUGAUUUGACCUUGUGUUGUGGGUUUUUGGUACUGUCAUAGGUUUUAACAUGUCAACCAGAACUGUGGACGACUGGCUAAUUUGGUUUGUAUGUCCAUUAUCUUGUGUUUUCUAUUGCUUAUCUUUAACGAGACAGACUCCUUGACUGUGAUUUUGGACUAGCUAUUCAUAAUCAUUUCAUUGUUUGGAA